AUGCCGUCCAGGGAGCCUGUUUUCAGCGAAUCUGCUGAGUGCAAUGUGGAUCCCAAGCGGUUCGCCUUUACCCCUCGAAAGCUCAAGAUUGUUUGCAUUGGAGCGGGUUUCUCCGGAUUGAUCCUGGCACACAAGUUGCAGCACGAGCAGCCCCUAGACUUUGUCGACUUCACAAUCUACGAGAAGAACCAGGAAGUCGGAGGCACCUGGUUUGAGAAUAUAUAUCCCGGAGUGGGCUGCGAUGUACCCGCUCAUAGUUACGUAUUCCCCUUUGAACCCAAUCCGUUCUGGUCAAAGUGCUACGCCGGGGGCGCCGAGAUCGAGGAGUAUAUUUUGAAGACGGUGGAAAAAUGGGAAUUGAAGAAACAUGUUGUCUUGAAUACGCGACUCCUCGGGGCCACAUGGAAUGAAGAACACGGCAAAUGGAAACUAAAAUUAGAGCAAGACGGCGCAUUUCUUCAAGAUGAAGCCGAUAUUCUCAUUAAUGGAGGAGGAAUCCAAAACCGGUGGAAGAUGCCUGACAUUGCUGGUCUCGACCAAUUUAAGGGCAAACUCCUACAUACAGCUGCCUGGGACAAAACCUACGACUGGACUGGCAAAAGGAUUGCAGUCAUCGGCAAUGGCUCCUCAGCUUUACAAGUUGUGCCUGCACUGCAGCCCAAGGCCGCCAAAAUCGUCAACUUCAUCCGACAACCAACUUGGGUAUCAGUCAACCUUUGCCCCGACGUGACCAAAGAUGGCAUGGGAACCAACUUUGAGUACACCGAGGAAGAAAAGGCCAAAUUCCGAGACGACCCUGAAGGCUUCUUGGAGUACAGGAAAAUGGUAGAACGCUCCGUCAACACCGUCUACCGAUUAAUGCUUACUGGCUCCGAGCACAACCGGGGUCUCCUCAACGCCAUCUCCGGCCUAAUGCAACAACGCCUCAACAAAAGCCCACACCUCAUCGACAAGCUGAUCCCCAAGACGGAAAUCGGAUGCCGUCGCCUUUCGCCGGGAGACGGAUACCUCGAGUCCAUGCAGGAACCCAACGCGGACUUCUGCUUCGACCCCAUCGAGCGCAUCACAAAGACGGGUAUCCAAACCAGCCAAGGCGAGCAGCACGACUUCGAUCUGAUAGUCUGCGCCACAGGGUUCGACAGCACCUUCAUUCCGGCCUGGAACCUUGUGGGUCGUAAUGGCCGCCAACUCACCACUGACUGGAAAAACACCCCCCAGGCAUACUUCUCCAUCUGUGCGGGCGGUGCCCCCAAUUACUUCAUGUUUGCCGGUCCCAAUUGCCCGAUCGGACAUGGCAGCGUCCCGCAGAUGUUGGCCUGGAGUGCGGAUUACAUGCUGCAGUGGGUGAAGAAAAUGGGCCGCGAGGAUAUUCAAUCAGUCGUAGUCAAAGACUCCGCCAUCCACAUGUACAACCGCUACGCGCAAGCAAACCUCAAGCACACUGUCUGGAGCACAGGCUGUCAAGCCUGGUACAACAAUGGAUCUGUAGUCACGGCUAUGUAUCCCGGAAGUGUUCUACACUUCAAAGAGGCUAUUUCGACUAUCCGCGGCGAGGACUUCGAUAUCCGGUACAGCAACACCGUAAAUCCGUUCGCGUUUCUGGGUAAUGGGGAGCUGGUGUGGGAAAGAGAACAGGGGGGUGAUUUGGCUUAUUAUUUGAAAUAG